AUGAAAUAUAUUAUUAGUUCUUCGUUGAAUCAACCUGUUAAUGGCAUCCAAAUUAUCAGCAUGUCAAAAUUCUCAUUCAAUGUAAGUGUAUUAUAAAAGGAAUUCUUAAAUGUGGAUCAUGUAAGUUUAAAGCUGCGAUUUAAUUGUUUGUUGGUUUCCAUUAUUUAUAUAUAUUUUAAAUUUAAUAUGCAAUAAUCGACAUAAUAAUAAUAGAGAUAAGAUACGGUUGUGCUCAAAGAAAGAGAAGAAAGACGAUUUGAAGAGUUUUUUAAUAAAUUUUCUAGGAAUGGAACUUCUGUGAAUUUUGCCGAUAUUCUAAUGUUUGCUCUUGAUCGUAGUCUGGUUACGAAUGGUAACAAUUUUAGCAUGUUUCUGACUCAUUUUGAUGAUGCAUUGGGUGAUGUAAAAGGGGAAAGAGCACUGACUAAGCCUUAAUUUUAUUUCUUUCUCAAGUAACUGGCAAAGAAAAUAUUUCACAAUGACCCUCUUCACUUAGAGAAGAUGCUAAAUGAGAUAUUGUCUGAGAAGAGUGCAGUUAGAGAUCAUAAUGUAGAGCCAAAUCGAAUAAUUGUGCUUGAUGAAACUAAUAAAAGAUUGUUGGCUGAGACGUCCAUCUAGGCUAUAUCACUCUAUGAAAGGGAAUUAAAGAAUAUAUUUACAAUUUACAUGCACGACAAUUUGUCCAAAGGGUAUAUAAUGUUAAGAUGGAAGGAGAUUUGGGUUUAGAACAAAAAGAUGAACAUGGUAUCAUUAGUUAGAUUUUUACGAGAUGCUGAAAUUGUACCUCACAUUCUCUCUAUUGAAUAAUUGGAGGAAAUUUUAAUGAAGAUUAUUCCGCCUAUUAAUAACAAGGAGUAUGACUUUUUUUAAAAAGGCCAUUUUAUUCAAAUUUAUGAAAAAAAUUUAUCGGAUUGCAACGAUUCGGAUCCCCAAAUCCUGAUUCAUGAACUUCAAUUACUCCUGGCCAGAAUCUCAUUUGAAUUGGGACUCAAAGAAGAAGGAGGAGGAAAUCAAAAUAAUAGAAAGUUGGAUGUUGAAAAAUAUAUAAGAAAGUUUUUUGGUGAGUUGAUGCUCUUUAGAAGGAAUGAGAAUAUAGAGGGUCCACUUCCUAAUUUAAAUAGAAAAUUAAUAAAGAACUUGGAGAAAUUCACUAAACAACUGCUUAAUGAUUUAAGUGAUUUUGAAGAAAAGGAUUCUUCAGAUGAUGAACCAGAUGGAACAGAUGAAUUGUAAAGAAUUGCAGCAUUACAAGGAUCUCUCUUAUUCGAAUAAGGUAUGUAUAUGUAAUUAUCGUAAGUGUCACUCAACAUUCCUGUUGAUUAGGUAAUCAAAAUGUUAGAUAAGGAAUUACCUCCUAUUCCUCCUUUGCCUUAAUAAGAAAAGUAAAUGCAAAAAUGGGAUCCAGAAAAGAGAGUAGUUAUCGGAAAUCCAAAACCUGAGUCUCCUAAAAAUAAGAAUGCCAAACCUAAACCAGCCAAAAAACAGUAGCAAAGAAGAAAAGCUGGAGAACCAGAACCAAGAAAAAUCAUUUUUGAACAAAAAACAGAACCAAAAUAAUCAGAACAAUAUAUUCAAGAAUUAGCUGAUAAGUUGAAAUUCGAAUAAAAAUUGAUCUCAGAUGUUGAACGUGGCUCUUUAUCAGAUGUAUAGGUCGCUCCUGUGCUUAUACCAGAAGUCUUAUAUCCACCUAAUCCUCCUUUAGAUGUAUAAUUUCUAGUUGAAGCUGCCAUCAAUUCUCAUAAUGAAGCUAAUUUUGUGUUUGCAAUACAGAAUUAUGAUGAUGCAAGAGUAAGUUGUAAAUAGAUAUCAUAGAAAAAAUGGAUAGCUUUAACAGGAAGAGAUUUAACUGAUGGAUUAGAAUUGUAUUUUGAAUUUAGUAAGGCCACAGUGUUCGAAUCUGCUGGAAGAGAUGACUUGGCUUUGGUUGCUUAUUUGAAUGCUCGACAAUUUUCAACCAAAUUACCAACAAACAAUCCUGACAAAGCUUUGGCUUAUUGUGGACUUGGUUCGGUGUUCUAUAAUACAGAGGAAUAUGAUUGGGCACUCAGAGCAUUUUUGAAGGUAUUCGUUUUAUUAGAUUAAUUACCAUUAGGCUAGGGAAUACAGAGAAAACAGCAUUGGAGUGGAGACUGUUGAUACUGCUACUGUGUACAAUAAUUUAGGAUGUUGUAUGUACAUGUUAGAACGGAAUAAGGAGGUAAUGGAUUUAUUUUUAUAUCCAUAGUCAUACGGAUAUUUUAAAUUGGCUCAUGCUAUAUUGGAAUCUCAGUUGGGUCAGUUUCAUCCAAGGACUUUGACUGCAGCUAGAAAUAUCAACAAAUCUAAAAAUUGUUGGUUUGAAAAUAAACCAGAAUUUCCGAAAUUAUGGGUUGAGUAUGCACAAGAUCCUUUUGCAGGAGGAAAGAAGAAGAAAAAGAAGAAGGGAAAGAAGUGA